UGGGCGCCCCCCGGGCCCCCCCGGCCGCCCCCCGGGCCGCUGCGGCGGCCGAUGGCGGCGGGGGCCGCGGCGGGGCCCCCCCGGCGCUGGGAGCCGCGGCCCGGCCCGGAGCGGGGAGCGGGCCCGGCCCGGCCGUAGCGCAGCGCGGAGCGGCGGCGGGAGCUGGCCAUGGCAGACCCCAGCCACAUCCAGUCGGCCGCCUCCAAGAGCAUCCGGCCCUUCCGCUCCAGCGAGGAGUACCUGGAGGCCAUGAAGGAGGACCUGGCCGAGUGGUUCAACACCCUCUACGACCUGGACAUCCAGGUGGACACCUUCCUGGAGAGCCUGGAGACGGGCUGUCACCUCUGCCGCCACGCCAACAACGUCAACCGCACCGCCCUGGACUUCCAGGAGCGGCACCCCGAGGCAGCGGCCCGCAUGCGAGUGCCCCAGAACGAGGUGGUCUUCCAGGCCAAGAACGUGGUGCCCGGCUCCUUCAUCGCCCGGGACAACGUCUCCAACUUCAUCCAGUGGUGCCGCCAGGACCUGGGCAUCCAGGACGUGCUCAUGUUCGAGACCAAUGACUUGGUGCUGAAGAAGAACGAGAAGAACUUUGUCCUCUGCCUGCUGGAGGUGGCCAGGAGGGGCUCCAAGUUUGGCAUGCUGGCCCCCAUGCUGAUCCAAAUGGAGGAGGAGAUCGAGGAGGAGAUGAGGGACCAAAUGGCUGACGGCGCGCUGGGCACGCGCCGGGAGAGCCGGGACGCCCAGGCGGGCGCCUACCCCAGCCGGGCCCGGCCCAUCACGCUGUGCGACCUCAAGAACCUGGACGAGCUGGUGAGACACGCGCUCCCCUGGGAGCCCUGUGCCUGGGUGCGGGAGAUCCUGGGCUGCUGCUCGUGCCCCUCGCAGUUCCCCAUGGUCAAGGUCUCGGAAGGGAAGUACAAAGUGGGCGACUCCAACACUCUCAUCUUCGUCCGCGUGCUGCGAAGCCACGUCAUGGUGCGCGUGGGCGGCGGCUGGGACACACUGGAACAUUACCUGGACAAGCACGACCCGUGUCGCUGUGCUGCCCUCGCUCACCGCCUGCCCCAGCCCCGCGCCCCGGGCGUGUCCCCCCAAAAAGCAGCUCCCGGCUCGUCCUCGUCCCGCGCCUCCAGCCCCAGCACCCCCCGGCGGGCCCGGCCCGCCCCGGGCGGGGCGGAGCGGGGCCCCCAGCCCCGGGGGGACCCCCCGAAGCCCCCCAAGCAGGACGGUGUGUCCCCCCGCGGGGGUGCAGCCCCCCGCUCCGGUUCCGGCAGCCCCUCCGGGAGCCCCGCGGAGCCGCGGGGAGCGGGAACGCUCAGGCCGCGCGCCCCCGCGCGCUCCCGGCGCUGCUCGGGCGACAGCGACUCCUCGGCCGCCUCGGCGCAGAGCGGCCCCCGUCGCCCCCCGGCCCGCCGGGACCCCGCCGAUGCCCCCGCCCCGGGCUCCCCCCGCGCCCCCCGCGCCGCCGCGUCCCCCCGCGGGUCCCCCCGCGCCUCCCGCAGCCCCGGGCGCGGCUCCGCGCCGCUGCUGCUCAUCCGCCGCCGGCCCGACGGGCAGCACUCGUGGGCGCGGGCCGAGCCCCCCGCAGCCGGGCCCGGCCCCACGGGGAGCGCUGGGGGGCGGCGCGACCCCCGGCCCGGCCCCGGGGACCCCGAGGAGCUGGCGCGGAGGCUGCGGGCCCCGCGCUGGCUGGAGCCCGGGCAGGAGCAGCGGCUGUUCCAGCGGCUGGAGGAGGAGUUCCUGGCCAACACGCGGCUGCUGGAGCAGCUGGGGGACACGGAGAGCCCUCCGCCCGCGCCCCCCGCCACCGCCGACUCGGCCUAUUGCUCCUCGUCUUCAUCGUCUUCCUCACUGAACGUCUUCGCCAAGCACGGGCUGCCCGCCGAGGACGGGCGGCGGGGCGGGAACAGCGACGGGAACAACAACGGGAACAACAACGGGAACAACGGCGGGUGUCCCACGCUGCCGUCCAACCCCACCCUGGCAGAUGCCAGGCGCCGCUCCACUUUCUCCAGCUCCUCCGACGAGAGCUGCUGCUUCCCGGCCUCCUGGGACAACCGGGAGACCCCGGGAAACGCCGGCUCCGACACCGACUGGGCCACCGGGGAGGACGAGCUGAUGGAGAAGGACGAGAACCCCGCGCCCCCGCCGCGGCCCUGGGCCAAGCCCCGGCUGGACACGCAGCCCCACAGGGCGCCCUCCCGGAUCCCCACGCCGCGGGGCUACGGGGCAGGCUCCCACCGGGCCGCGAACGGCAGCCCCAAGGCCUGGGGGGCCCUGCAGAGCAUCCCCCCCUCCCUCCUGGAGCCCCCCUGGGCCCCGCAGCAGCACGAGGGCCUGGAGAGUGCGUGGCCAUGAGGGUCGAUGGCCAUGGCAGCUCCGGCAGCCCCUGGGGACAUCCCCGAGCUGCUGCGGGAGGGUGGAGGUGGCACCCGAGCAGACACACCCGGCCAGGCGAUGGCCACGGAGCUGGGGGGGCCAGGAGCCCUUCACUUGGUG